UUAUCAAUAACAAUGCAUUUGCCUUGCCUUUUUUUCCUGCCUUUAAUUAUCCUCCAUCAUUGUCCAUUUGUUACUUCUACUAAUUCUUCAACAAAUGUUCUAACCCAAGGCUCAUCACUCUCUGUUGAAAAUAACCAAGAUCAUUUGGUGUCACCUAAUGGUCUUUUCACAGCCGGGUUUCACCAGAUUGGCCAAAAUGCUUACUUCUUCGCUAUUUGGUUUUCCAAGCUUAUGGCGGAUGGCAGUCACACCUUUAUUUGGAUGGCAAAUAGAGAUGCACCGGUCAAUGGAAAACAUUCCAAGUUUUACUUGUCAAAAUCCGGGAAUCUUGUUCUAACAGAUGCCGGUAACCGAAUUUGGAUGAGCAAUACUAAAUCUACAUCCCCUUUGCAAUUGCAACUCCUUGACUCGGGAAACCUUGUUCUCAAAGAGUUAGAAAAAAAUCCAUAUAUUUGGGAAAGCUUUAGUUUUCCUACCGACACCAUUCUUCCAAAUCAGCUUUUCACCAAAGAUACCAUCCUUGUAUCAUCGCGAAGUUUGACAAAUUUUUCUUCUGGUUUCUACAAUUUCUUCUUUGACAAUGACAACGUAAUCCGCCUUGUUUACAACAGUGAUGAGAUAACAAGUGUUUAUUGGCCCGAUCGUCCCCUGUUAUUAACAUGGCAAGCAGGAAGGUCUACUUUCAACAAUAGUAGAUAUGCCUUUCUUGAUUCCUUUGGCCGAUUCUUUUCCACGGACAAUUUCACCUUCGUUACGUCCGAUUAUGGCCAUACCUUUCAAAGAAGAAUGACACUAGAUGCUGAUGGCAAUGUUAGAGUAUAUACACUUAACAACAGAAAGUGGAUUGUUUCAAGCCAAACAAUUUCACAACCAUGCCGCAUUCAUGGAAGUUGUGGCAAAAAUAGCCUUUGCACUUAUAGUUUUGAGUCCGGAAGGAAAUGCACUUGCUUGCAAGGAUUCAAGGCAAAGAACCACUCAGAUUUGUCAUUUGGGUGUAAACCAACGUUCAAUCGAACUGGAAAUCGUGAAAAUUAUGACUUCUUAAGACUCCCCAAUACAGAAUUUUAUGGAUUUGAUUCUGUGUUUGUAGAGGGGGUCACUUUUAAAGAAUGUAAGAAGGCUUGCUUGAAAGAUUCCAAUUGUAAAGCCUUCCAAUAUUCCUUUUACCAACCUUCAAGCACUUUCAGAUGCUAUGUGAAAAGUUUGUUGUUCAAUGGUCAUUCAGUGGAUACUCCUUCCACUACAACUUAUCUUAUGCUACCUAAGUUUGAUGUAUUGUCAUUUAAUGAAAAAGCUACUAAUCAGUCCGAGUUAACUUGCUCAAGUUCUAUCAUCAAGCUCGAACGUACAUACGUGGGAAAGAGGUCAAAUGGAUCCCUCAAGUUCUUAUUGUGGUUCAGCAUCAUCCUUGGUGUAAUUGAAGCUACAUGCUUUGUGUUCUUCUAUUAUAUUACGAGACAAUCAUCAAGCACAAGAACCCAAUCCUACCAUGCAAUUGCUACCGGAUUCAGAAGGUUUACAUACGAUGAGAUUAUUAAGAUGUCUAAUAAAUUCAAAGAUGAGAUUGGGAGAGGUGGUGGCGGUAUCGUGUACAAAGGUAUACUACCUGAUAGAAGAAUGGUCGCAAUUAAGCAACUCCAUGAGGCUAGCCAGGGAGAAGCUGAAUUUUUAGCAGAGAUGAGUACCAUCGGGAGGAUAAAUCAUAAGAACUUGAUAGAAACAUAUGGUUAUUGUGCAGAAAGAAAGCAUAGGAUCUUGGUGUAUGAGUACAUGGAGAAUGGUUCGUUAGCUCGUAACAUACGUUCUAAAGAACUCGAUUGGCAGAAGAGAUUUGAAAUUGCCACUGGUGCCGCAAAAGGGCUAGCUUAUCUACAUGAAGAAUGCUUGGAGUGGGUUUUACACUGUGAUGUCAAACCACACAACAUAUUGCUAGAUGCUGAUUAUAAUCCAAAGGUGGCUGAUUUUGGCUUGUCUAAGCUAUUUAGCCAAGGUGUAAUAGAAAAUUCUAUCUUUUCGAAGAUAAGAGGGACUAGAGGGUAUAUGGCUCCAGAAUGGGUAUAUAAUCUUCCAAUCACUUCAAAAGUGGAUGUGUAUAGCUAUGGAAUAGUUGUACUAGAGUUGAUAACAGGACGAGAUCCAACAUGGGAUCAGGGAAGCGAUAAUGAAAGGGUAGAUCUUGUAAGUUGGGUAAGAGAGAAGGUUGACGAUUUCGGAGACAAUUUGACAGAAGCACAAAUAACGGAUAUAUUGGAUCCUACAUUGAAGGAUGAAUAUGAAAAUCAUCAGAUGGAAGCUCUUCUAAAAGUAGCUUUGCAAUGUGUUGAGGAAAAUAAAGACGCGAGACCAACCAUGAGCGAGGUUGUGCAGAUACUUCUAAAUCUAGAAAUGGAUGAUUAGUAUUUUUAGCCUUUGGCCGAAUUGUAUUUUACUCUCUAGCAAUUACUUAACGUUGUGCGUUAGAGACUUGUUAGUUACAAAUUUGAUACAUAUGUAAAGUCCAUGAAGCCCAACAAACUUAAUAAUUUGGAAAUAUGUUAGUAUGUUGUAAUUAUUAGUUAAAGGUCACUUUAUAAUUUG